AUGUGGACACGUCGGUUUUUCGAUGUGAGUUUUUGACAAAUUUUCAGCCUGAAUUUAAUUCAAAUUUCAGAUCGAAUCGUUCUUUUUGAGCUUCUUGAAUAUGCCAGUCAUGUUCAUUCUUCAAUAUCUCAAUUUUUACUACAAGGAAAGUGUUUACGAUUUUUAUAUGGCUAGAUUAAAGGGAGAAGUUACGCGCGAGAAUUAUUUCGCUUCGUCUGAUAAUAUGUGGGAACUGACGUUUUGGCCAAUGAUUAGUACACUUAUCAAUGCUGCUUUAUGCUUUGCGUAUAUUUUUCUAAAAAAUCGGAUAAUUCCGAUCUCGAUUUGUUUUGGAGCGGUGAGUGUUUUCGGGCGCGUCGCGGUUCAACAUUGAGGUUCUCUCCAUCUCUAGCUCUCAAAAAAAUCCAAAAUCAAAAUUCCAGUGUGUCCAAUUCCUCUACCUCAAUGAAUACUUCCGACUAACUCUCGAACAAUACCACAUAAUCACCGAAUCCGAACUCGAAUUUCAAGAAUACUCCCAACUUCCAACCGAAUUUCUCGCCAAUUCCAGAAUUAAAAUUGUGUUUCUAGUUUGCGCUCAGGUGAUUUCUUUCAUCACAAUUUGUGCAUAUUUUUUCUGCUCACUGAUUUCGAGAAAAACUCCGCGAAAAAAACAGGAUUUUGUGAAAAAUGAGGGAAAAAAGCAUGGAAAACAAAAGAUGAGAUGA